GAAUGUUUUUCUAAGCAAAUUUAUCAACACUGCGACACAGGCAUUAGAUAAACAAAAGGGAGCUCAAUUUGAAAUAUACCGUAUUGUUGUAAAAUAAAGUUCGAAAUAAUAAUGAAAAUCCAAGUCUCGCCACAAUAUUUGCGGGAAGAAAAUAUUUAUGUGACAAUCAUUGAGGUCAAAACACCUGUUCAUUAUGUUAUAAAAGAAUCUCCUAGUAUAGAUACUGCUUCAUUGUUAGCUUCAAAGUUCUUAGAAUUAGAAGAGUCUAUGCAAAACUAUUACAGAUCUCUUGAGCAAACUUUUUUCCAGCUACCAGAGAAAGAUACAAUACUAGUAGUUGAACAUGAACAGAAAUACUACAGAGCUAAAGUGUGUAGUGUUUUGAAUUUGCCUCGAAGUUUCUUGAUUAAAGUUUAUUUAUUGGAUUAUGGGAAGGAAUGUAGUGUUUCCAAAACCAGUCUGUUUGAAAUGCAUCCAGAUUUCAUGUCGAUUCCUUUCCAAGCUAUUGACUUCAAGCUUCCUGGUUUGGAACCUGUGAGCUUGGUUAUGAAUCCUUAUGAUUUAACUAUUAAUUAUGGAGCUUCUACUGAUUGGGAUACUUCUGCCUAUGAGUUUAUUGAAAAUAUCCGCAAAGCAUUACAUAGUGUAUUUAUAAAGGUUGAAGGAGCAGAAAAAAAUUGCAUUUUCGGCACUCUCCAUGUAACUUCGCUUGAUGGGGAGGAGCAGUGUAUCAAUGAUGAGCUUGUUUUCAAAAAAUUUGCUUCUCAGAAUCCUGAAUGCUGGAAUAACAUUACCAGACUUUCUGAAAUUUUAUCAGAAGACAGCUUGCAAUCUCAACCAAAUAUAUCUCAAGGUGGAUCAGCCAAUCUAAAAUUUCCUGAGUCAUCUUGUAUCAUUUAUAAGACCUCACCUGCUAGUGAAUUGAGUUCAGUAAUGUCAUCUGUUAUUUCUAACAUAGAGUCUGAGCCAUUAAAAUAUGGGCCAAAAAGUAUUGAGUAUUUAACUACUGAAAAAUCUCAAGAGCGGAACAAAAGUUCUUCUUCAGGGUACAAAGAAGAAUUGCCGUUUCAAAGCAACUCUGAAUCUAAGUAUUUAAAGCAAAAAGAUCUAAAAAAUGAAUUGAAAGCAAUCAAAGCUGCUGAACUGUUUGAAGAUAUUAAAGAUGCUUUUAAUACACUCAAUAAAGCAGUAAAAAAUUCAACUGAAAAACAAAUGGUUUCUACCAGCCAAGAUACGAACAAACCAAAAACUGUUGAUAAAGAUCCUGAAAGAACUUCUAAUGAAAUUGUAUUGAAAACUACAAAUGUGAAUGAAUAUGACCAGGUUAAGUCUGCCUCUCCUAACACAACUUCUCUUAAAAGGUUCAAGGAAAUGGUUGCUAGGAAAAGAGCUGCACACAAACAAAAUAUAACCCAAGCAUUGGCUGAUAAUUUUUUUUCUAAGAAUUCUGAAUUGGCAACAGAUUCUCCACCUGGUAAUGCCUGUUCUUCAGAAUUAGAAAGAAGCGUGCAGUUGCUUCAGGAUCUUGAUAUUUCUGCUACACAGAAUGAAAAUAUAAGCGACUUUCUUCCAUCUACUACAGCAUAUAAUGAGAUUGGGAACACUGAAAAAUUGGUGCAUCAGCCUAUGAGCCCUUCGAUUUUGCAAGUUGGUAUUGCAGUUGAUGAUCCUUCUACAAAAUUUCCUAGUAAACAAAGUGCAGAAUCUCCGACAUCACCUUUGGAGCAAAAAGAGAUUUCUACAAAGGUAGAUUCAGUGAAAAUUAAGACAUUUUAUGAAAGGCAAAGAAAAGCAAGAGCAGCAUUUUUAGCUAAAAAUAAAUCAAAACAGGACCAAGAUAAUGCCAAUUCACAAUUGAUCACUGCACCUUCACCAUCUCCAAACUCUUCUGAAGCUGGAACACAGUUGCUUGCUACUAAGACUAAAAAUGCUACUGAAUUGUGUGGAAUUGCAAGUUCUACUAAAAAUAAAACAGAAUUGGCUGCUACUAUUACCAAAAAUAUUGUGGGCAAGUUAUAUGAAGACGAUUCUAAUAUUAACAAAGUAAAUAUAUCCAAUGAAUCAACAUAUGAUAGCAAUAAAAGUGUGGAAUCUGAAGUAUUAUCCCCCCUAAAAGAGGUGGAUAAACCAAAAGUAGAUCCAAGAAAAAUUAAAGCAUUUUUUGAACAAAAUCGGAAGGCUAGAGCACUGUUCUUAGCUCAAGCUAAAUCUAAACAAGAAAAUGAAAGUUUUCAAUCAGAAAUGACUUCACCAUCCUCAGUAGCUUGUAGACCUUCUGAGGUUGAAAGUAAAUCACCACCAAUUAUUACAGAAAUUAAAAAUAUAGAUGAAUCGUUGGGAAAUAAUUCAGAUGCUAAUAUAUUCGAAUUAGCUAAUGAAUUAUCUGAUAGUAAUAGCCCAAAAUCUGAAAGGUAUGCAGAAUCUGAAACAGAAUCAUUAUCUUUGAUUCAACAGGAGCCUGUAGAAUCUGUUGAUUUUGGUGGCAAGUCACUUUUUGAGAAACAAAAAGUUCCUGCAUUAUGUCUUGGAGAAGGUGUUCCAACUCCUGUGUUGUCUUUAAAUGAAAUUGCAUUUCAUAUUUCUAUUAAAAAGACUUUAGAAAAACUGAAUUUUGAAGGCCCAUCUUGUAUACAGUCUAUUGUUUGGCCAGCUGCUCUUAGAAGCCGUUGUCUUGCUGCGAUAGCUCCUCCACAUUCUGGGAAAACAGUUGCUUACUUGUUACCUAUUGCUUCAAACCUUCUGCAUGGAUUAUAUGAAGACAAAGGCAAAGGGCCCAUAGCAAUUAUUAUCUGCUCAUCUUGGAGGAAAGUUCAACAUGUAUAUGAUUUACUACACCUCUUUUUGGACGACUCCAAAUUCAAAAUACUUACUUAUUUUGCUGAUGGAAAAAGAAAAAGGAAUAGAGUAAUAGCUUUAAUGAAUGGCUGUGAUAUUUUAAUAUCUGUUCCUUCUAUCCUCCUGGGUUUUUUCAAUGAAAAUUCUGUCUGUGUGAACAGAUGCUGUCAUUUUAUCUUGGACGAUGGAGCAAAUUUACUUUCCAGCCAUAUAAAUGAAAUAAAAGGAAUAAUGGGAAUGUUUGGAGACGCAGUCAAACUCCGACCUGCGAUUUCUGCUCGUCUGCAGAUUUUGAUUAAUUCUGAGAGGUGGACUAAAGCCAUUGCAGCAUUUGUUGACAAAUUUUUACAUGAACCUUUGUUAUUGUUUACCUCAUUUCUUGAGGCAGCAAUUUAUGCAAAAAUACCAAUAUUUCCUCACAUUUGUAGUGAAUCUGAUAAAAAUCAAAAACUAGCUGAAAUUGUUAAAGAAUGCAGUAAAAGAACCAUUGUAUGCACUCAGGAUAUUAAAAAAGCAUUCGAGAUACAUUGUUUUUUACAGUCUGAAAAAAUAAGAUCUUUCUUAGUCACAGAAAAAAUGGAGCACUAUAUUUCUGAUGGUAUUAUUAGGGAUUGGAAAUGUGUGAACUCAGGAUUGCCAUAUUGCCUCAUUGUCACAGAUCCCGCAUUGACUGGCAUGACUCUGUGUGAUGCUAACUAUAUUAUUCAUUAUGAUGUACCAGAAAUUUCCAGACUGCAAUUUGGAAAUCGAUUUGGUUGCAUUGCUGAACAUUUUCAGAAUUCUAAAAUUGUUGACCGUGGGUGUCAUAUUCUAAUAUCGGAAAUGUGCUCUGUACAAGCUCUUCCUAUUAUGAAAAUUAUUAAAAGAAUUGGAAACGAUGUUACUAAAGAAUUAAUUGAUUUUAUUAAUAAACAAAAGAAGGUUGUUGGUAAUCCUAAUACUCCUUUAUGUAGAUUUUUUAAAGCAUUUGGCUUUUGUAAAUUACCUCAUUGUGAAAAGAGGCAUCAUAUAAACUCUGUUGUUGAUCAACCAAAAGUUAUUUUUAGAGAAGGGAAUGUCCAUGCCAAAAUAACACACAUGUUUGAUGCAUCUCAUUUUUGUGCUCGAGUUAUCAAAUAUGUCCCUCCUGGUUGUGAGCAAGCAGUGUGUUUAAGCAGUGAAUAUGCUGAGAUGGGUUUGAAGUUGAAGAAAUUUUAUUCCACAGAAUCAAAUCGGAAAGUGGAGGAUUGUCCAGUUAUUGGUGGAAAUUACAUCAUUCAGUAUGGAAAUGGUUUUUUCUAUAGAGUUAAGGUAAUGAACAUCACAAGAACUCCUGAAACGAAUUCUCAGAAGAUAACUCUUAUGUUUAGGGAUGAUGGCUUUAUUCAGACUUGUGAUACAUGUGAACUUUAUAAAGAUCUCACUUGUGAUGAGCUUCCUCCUCCUCAUGCAGUUGAGAUUUACUUAUGUAAUGUUACCACCCCUGAUUCCUGCUUAGAUUGGAAUCCCCAAGCAAACCACUUUGUUAAGAAGUUGAUAAUGGAUAAAGAAAUUCACGGAAAAAUUGUUUUAUGCCUCGGAGAAACACUCUGGUUGCAUCCAAUGGUUCUGAGAGAAAAGUUGGCAUUUAAUAAUGACUACCUAAAUGUUUUAACUGUGGAUAAAUCUUUAAGAGAUGCAGAAUUUGCCAUGGAGAAUGAAAAACAUUUGCCAUUACUGUUUAAAGCAUGUCAGAAUAAGAUUCAACUGCCUAGCCAAAUAAGUUCAAGUUCACAAGAAAAAAUAAUUCAUGAGGAUUUAAAAAUUCAAGUCUCUUAUGCGUUCUUGGAGUUAAAUGUGUAUGAAGAUGUUUAUGUUUCUAGUGUUAUUUCACCACAUCAGAUCUAUGUACAGCGAGUCAAAUUUGUGGAUUGUUUAAGUGAGUUAUUGGAAAAAAUUAAUGCCCAUGUUGAAGCCAAAAAAUUGAAAAAAUGUUCAACAUUACUGAAUGGCAUGCACUGUAUUGCACCAUUUUCGUUAGAUAACAGGUAUUAUCGAGCUGGAAUAACAAGUGUGUCAUCUGAUUCUGAUGAUGUGCAAUUAUUUUUUGUGGACUUUGGCGAUUCCUGCUGUGCAACAAAAGAUUCGAUUUUUAUUCUGCCUUCUGAAUUCACGUUAUUGCCAUUUCAAGCAAUUGAAUGUGAAUUGGAUGGCAUCCGUGCACCGCAUGGAGGUUGGUCAGAUAAAGCAGCAGAUUUUCUAGAAGAUUUAACAAGGGAUGAGUCUAAUAACAUGAAAAUUGUGGAAUUGAAGGCUUAUACUAAAUUGACCUCUUAUGAUACUGGCAAUCGUUAUAAAGUAGAUAUAUGGAAUGGAGAAAAAACGUUAUCGGAGCAUCUUCUGAAGGAGGGACUAGUGGAUCCAGCUGAUAAAUGUGUUCCAGUUUAUGCUCCUAGUGAAACAAAUGAAGAUAAAGAAUUUGUCGAUGAUGUUCCAGCUGGAUUUUCCUUGUCAUCAGAUGAUGAAGACUUGCCACCAGAAAACAAAGAUCACCAUGCUCUUUUCUGUGCUGCAUUAUCGAAAAUGAUGCUUCAAAAUAUGUCUAAUUCUGAAGCUGUAGAUGAGGCAAUAAGUGAAAUGCGAAAAAGUAAAGAAGAAAGAAAAUUUAAAUUGGCCAUGGAAGAAAUUUCUGUUAAUGGAAAUGUUGAAGAAUUUGUAAAAGAAGAUAUUACUGUUGUCAACAGUCCAGUUCUGGCACUGCAAAGAUUGUUGAAUUAUAAGAAAAGGAAGGAAGUUUCCAAGAGAAUUACACCCAAGAUUUUGUGGUGGGACUCUUCAGAACACGUUCACAUUUUGUUGAAACUUAAAGAAAUCCAAUUGUAUGAGCUGGAUGUAAAGGAUUAUAGUUUUGUAUUCAAAACAUCAUUAAGAGAUACAGACUAUUAUGCAGAAGAGCAGUUCUAUGGAGCUGUCCAUUCUAACGAUUUCACUGAAAAGAAUGGAUCAGAAGGCUUGAGUAUUGUUCUAAAGAAACAAGUUGAAGAAAGAUGGCCCCGCUUAAUAAAAGAGAACAAAAAGUUGGCUUACAUUAAAUAUGAUUUGGAGCAUAUUGAUGUCUCUGAUUCAGAAGACAUCCCAGAAGAAAGUGUUGAAGUUGCUGGUGAGGAAAAUUCCCAAGUUAAUACAGACUAUACCUUUGAUGAAGACAGUGAUAGUACAGAUGAUGAAACAAUUGUACCAGAUUGGAAAACAGUUGCAGAAUUUAAAGACCCAUAUAAUAUAUUGGAAUGAAUCAAUAAGUGAACAUUUUUGAGUUUAUGGUUCAUGGAAAUGACCUUCGGAAAUGUGAUAUUUUUUAUAUGUAUAAAUGUACAGUGGUAUGUGAUAUUUUGGAUCAUUUUAGGAUCUUAGGCAGUUUUAUUUUUUUGUUAAAAUGUAUGUCUACAUUUCUCAUUUCAUCUUUGUAUCAUGCCAUUAAUUUUCAUUAAACAUUC